CCUAAACACAGCUAAACGCGAGAAGACAUAACUGUACACACUGGCAUGUUGACCUGAAACAUGACGCCUAAACACUUGAUGUAACACGGUGUGUAUAUUUGAAUAAUUGUCCAACAAUCAAACUGGUGAACUGGGGAAAUAACAGCGCGGCGUGUGUACGUGUAUGUGUGUGUUUGAUACGAUGGUAUCGCCGUGUAACGUACAACUACGGGUUGUUUGUUUUGAUGGCAACAAAAUGGAACAUGUCGUGACGUGAUUGUUCUGCCGACGUAUCGGUAUCCGGUUAACACAAGGCGCUGAAAAUAACUAUAUGACCAUCAACGAUUCUGUCGCAGCCUAUGGUGUACUUAGUACCUCCAGGCCUACGCAGUUCCACAUAGUGUACGUAUGACCUUCUGGUGUUUGUCGACCUUCAGGUAUAUGUUAAAUCGUAGGACCAUCAACAGUACGUAUGACAUUCAGCUUUACGAAGGACAUUCAAGUGUGCGUAGGACAUUUAAGUGUAUGUAAGACAUCCAGGUGUACUUAAUAUAUGUUGGUCGGAUAUCAACGUGUCCUAGGACAUCCAGAUGCAUGUGAGAUAUUCGGAGAUAUUCGGAUGCAAGUAGGAUAUUCUACUGUACAUAGAGCAUUCAGUAGGACCGUCAAGUGAAUGUGACAAAUUAUGGUGAGCGUGGAACAUCUAGAUAUAUGUGGGACAUUCUUUAUAUAUGUACAUAGAACCUUCUGGUGUAUACAUGGAAUCGUCAAGUGAACAUUGAAUCGCCUUGCAUCUAUACUAUAUACAAUGUAGCGUGAUUAAAAAAAAAGAAAAAAAGAAAGAAAGAAGAUAAACGCCAUCAGCGCAGAAUGAGCGGAAAGAACCGUUGGCGCGAGGAGUAUUUCGAGACUCUGUCAUCCGGCCUGGAGCGACUCCUGCAGGAUGAGAGGCACACCGACGUGACCAUCAACAUCAACGAGCGGUCGUUCAAGGCCCACAAGGCCAUCCUGUCUGCGAUGUCACACUACUUCGACGCCAUGUUCUCGUCGGGUAUGCGGGAGACGGUGACGGGCGUGGUGCACAUGGAGGGAAUCGAGGAGGACAUCUUCCAGUCGGUGCUGUUCUACAUCUACCGCGGCUACGACGAGAUCUUCGAGGACAACGCGGAGAAGAUGCUCAACGCCGCCGCCAUCCUGCAGAUGGAGAAGCUCCAGACGAGGUGCGAGGAGUUCCUCUGCAAGAGCAUCAGCACUGACAACUGUCUGCCGAGAUGGCGGCUGGCGAUGCAGCAUCAGUGCACGUUGCUUAAAGAACAUACGUGGUCGUUCAUCCUGAAGCAUUUCGCGGAGCUGUAUGAAAGUGAUGUUCUGUGCACCCUGGAUGUGGACGAGAUGGUGGCCCUGGUGAAGGACGAUCACCUGUGUGCUCGAGACGAGGAGACUCUCUGCGAGGCGGUUAUAGACUGGGUCGAGACCGACGUGGAAACCAGAAAAAGUCAGCUGUCGAGAGUCUUUGUUCACCUCAGGCUGGCUCUGACCAGACCAGAGUACUUACUGAACAUUGUUAAAAAAUACGAUUUUAUAGCUAAGGAUUCGGUUUGCAUGGAAGCCAUAAACGGUGCCAAGAACUGUGGUUUGUUGCCAGCGAGGCGUCACGACUACAGCUCCUCUCUGAUGCACUACAGGAACCCUGCUGAGAUGGAGGAUGUCCUGGUGGUCGUGUCUGGAGGUGAGACCGCCAAGCCUCCGUACGUCAGAUCCAAGAACGUCUACGCCUACAGCUUCAACACCAAACUCUGGUUCCAGCUGGCGUCAAUACCGUACGAUCCGGGAAUCGAAUUCGCUUGUUGUGUGUACGACAACGAUAUAUACAUCUCCGGCGGCGGGCUGUGGCAGACGGCCCUAAUGCGGUACAAAUCCAAGAAGAACAAAUGGCAUCCGAUAAAAGACAAACUAAACUUAGGAAGACGCCGUCACGCCAUGGUAGCGUCAGGGAGAUGUCUAUAUGUUCUAGGAGGAUACAACAGCGAGAAGGCGGAAGGGUCUCGAAUUGUCAGCACUAUCGAGAAGUUUGACCUUGACUGUGGAGGAUGGACGGAAUCAGGGGAACUGGACAUCGGCGUGAGCUCUGUUUCGGCAUCGAUGCUGGGAGAGAAAAUCUUUAUAUUCGGAGGAGAGAAGAACGACAAAACGGACGUCCAUUCCAUUCAGUGCUACGACAUCAAGACCGAACAGGUCACUGUGGUGGCAGACCUUUCGAAAUCAUGCAAGCUGUGUCGCUCGGUGAUCUGCGACGAGAAGGUGUAUGUGGUGACCUACGACGGAGAGGUGCUCUGCUUCACCGAGGACUACAACGUCGAGUCGGUGGGCACGAUCCCGGGGUUCGAGAGAGUCCACUUUGGUCUGAUUCACAGACGCGGGACCCUCGUGCUCCUCGGCGGACUGGCAGCGGGAUCGGACCCGAACAGGGACCUCUGUGACUCGAUGAUCAGAUACGACAUCGAGACGAACUCGUCGGAGAAGCUGCCGGACAAGAUUCCGUCUCCCAGACUGAUAGACAGCUGUGCUAAGAUUAUCAUCGACAAGAAGUUCCUCGAGGAGGACGAUGCUGCCGACUGCUGACUGCUGAGGUCAAAUUCAGAACAGGUGCUUGUUGUCUCCCUGUCCUAUGUGUGAGUGAGAACUCUUUGUACAUGCCAACCUGGCUCGAUGGCGCAGUGGUUAAGCCAUCGAACUGCAGACUGGUAGGUACAGGGUUCGCAGCCCAGUACCGGCUCCAACCCAGAGCGAGUUCUUAAGGGCUCAAUGGGUAGGUGUAAGGCCAGUACACCCU